AAAAACUUAACAUCGGUGUUGACGCUGUUCAGCAUGGGGUGGAAGGACUGUCUUAUCUUCUUACUGAAAGCUCCAAGCUUAUGAUCUCUGAGAUAGACUUCCAGGAUUCCAUUCAUAUUCUGGGAUUCUCAGAUGAAUUGAACAAAUUAUUGCUCCUGCUGUACCUUGAUAACAGGAAGGAGAUCCGAAGCAUUCUCAGUGAGCUGGCACCAAAGCUUCCCAGCUAUCACAACCUGGAAUGGAGACUGGAUGUGCAGCUUGCAAGCAGAAGUUUGAGACAACAAAUUAAGCCUGCUGUGACUAUAAAGCUACAUCUUAACCAGAAUGAAGAUCUAAGUGCCCAAGUGUUGCAAACUGACCCUUCUACCCUCCUCCACCUAGUUCAGCAACUGGAACAAGCCUUGGGAGAAAUGAAAACAAACCAUUGCAGAAGAAUAGUGCGCAACAUGAAAUAG